UUCACGGAGCCAAAAUUAGGCGGAAAAAGACUAUUGGGCUCACGAUUUUCUAUUCGCCUCAACACUACUGCAUCAGAUCCGGUUUUCCUAUUUGCCUGGCUUUUUCUCAAUUUGUAGAUUUAGCACUCCCACGCUCUUCUUCCAUAUUGAACUUCAAUUCAACCACACGACAAGGAACAGCCUCCGACGGCAUGCUUUCACUUCUGAAACACCCCGCCCUCCGCUGCCGUAAAGCCUCUCUAGGGCUCACGUCAGCCUGGUCGAUUUCGCGCCAAAUAUGGGAUGGAACGGAGUACGACCACAUUAGGGCUGAAGUAAACUGCCCCCGAUGCUCCAAUCAAAUGCCCGUGCUUUUCUCUAACCGGCCACUCUCCAUCACGGAUCGCGAGCCAGGCCUCUAUCAGGCUCUCAACCUCUGCCAUAAUUGUAAAACGGCCUUCUAUUUCCGGCCGUUUAAGCUGGUUCCCUUGCAGGGGAGCUUCGUGGAGCUGGGGAGGAUCAGAGGGGACGCCGAGGGGAUUUCGAGGAAAGAGGCGGGGAAAAUUGUGAAACUGAAUCAUGAAAGUAAUGAGGACAAAGAUGACGCGGCGGGGAGAUUGGAGAGGGAAUUGCCCACGCCGAAGGAGAUUUGUCGGCGGCUGGAUGAGUUUGUUAUCGGCCAACGAAAGGCAAAGAAGGUCCUAUCCGUGGCAGUUUACAACCACUACAAAAGGAUAUAUUAUUCCUCCCAGCAGAACGAGUCAUGUAUAUCGGGUGAUAAUGAUGAAAAUGGUGCCAAUGAUUUUGUUGAAUUGGAUAAAAGCAAUGUGCUGUUGAUAGGUCCCACUGGUUCAGGGAAAACAUUACUCGCGAAGACACUAGCAGGCAUUGUGAAGGUACCAUUUGUCAUUGCUGAUGCAACAACUUUAACACAGGCAGGUUAUGUUGGAGAAGAUGUAGAAUCAAUAUUGUAUAAGCUACUUGCGGAAGCCAAGUUUGAUGUUGAAGCAGCUCAGCAUGGGAUUGUAUAUAUUGAUGAAGUUGAUAAGAUAACCAAGAAGGCUGAGAGUUCGAAUAUUGGCAGAGAUGUAUCUGGAGAGGGUGUUCAACAAGCAUUGCUAAAAAUGCUGGAAGGAACAAUAGUGAAUGUUCCUGUUCCUGAUAAAGGAGCUCGAAGGUAUCCUCAUGGUGACAGCUUUCAGGUAGAUACAAAAGAUAUACUUUUCAUAUGUGGUGGGGCAUUUAUUGAUUUGGAGAAAACCAUUUCAGAAAGACGCCAUGAUUCUUCUAUCGGCUUUGGAGCACCUGUCCGUGCAAAUAUGAGGAGUAGUGGCUUGACUACUGCUGCAGUUACAUCAUCAUUGUUGGAAUCUGUUGAAAGUGAUGAUCUUAUUGCAUAUGGAUUGAUUCCUGAAUUCAUUGGGCGCUUUCCUAUUCUAGUAGGCUUGUCAGCUUUAGAUGAGGACCAACUUGUUGAGGUCCUCAUGAAGCCAAAAAAUGCUCUUGGUAAGCAGUACAAAAAAAUGUUCAGCAUGAAUGGUGUCAAAUUACAUUUUACUGAAAAUGCAUUGAGAUUGAUUUCAAAGAAGGCAAUGGCUAAGAACACUGGUGCUCGAGGUUUAAGAGCCAUACUGGAAAUCAUUCUUACUGAAGCCAUGUUUGAGAUUCCAGACACCAAGAUGGAAUCACAUAGUGUGAAUGCAGUUUUGGUUGAUGAAGAAGCUGUUGGGUCAGUGGAUGAAACAGGACGUGGAGCUAAAAUUCUUUAUGCUGAUGGUGAACUCGAUCACUUUCUUUCAAUAAGAACCUGGAAGGAUAUUGUGACAAUCUAUGAUCAUGUUGCAACAUAUGAAUCCGGUAAGUAAUACCUGCCAGGAUUUGAGAUGGUUAAUUUUUCACAGAAGGCUUCUUGUGGAGAGAAACAUGAUAUGAUGAGGUGUUGUAACUUGUAAGAGAACAAUAAUUCUGAACACGGAGUUAAGCAAUUUUCAAUAUCAUAUGUUUCUUGGUGUUUUAGCUUCUUUUAUUGAAGAGUACUAGAAAAGCUAAAAACAAAAUACAAGGUGAGAGACUGAUAGUUAACCAAUCAAGAGACUGCAAAGGGAGUCUGACCCUUGAGUAUGAGAGUCUCAUCUCAUUUAACAAAAUCCCGGGUAGGCAUCACAUGAUGUCUCCUGAACAACAAGAAUCUUGGUUGUAUUAUUACUAAUGGGAUUCAUGCAUGGUACUUAAAGUAUGAUGGUGUUGACACUUCCUCUGGUCCCUUAUCACUUGAACCCAUUCUAUAUGCAAAGGCCUGUGCCUCUUUAGAGGCACCAUAAGACUGUUAAGCAUUAGUAACAAUGUUACAAGAAAAUUUCUUUUCAUCUUUAGUAUGCAGGUUUAGGGUUUGUGCAGUAAGUUUAUCAUUUAUUAUUAUUAUGGUCCAAGUGCUCUAAACGUAGGUGAUUCAUCAUCAUGCCUAUGCUCCAUGAAUCUUAGCUUGUUCCAUCAUUUUAUUCCUUCUAUGCUUAUGUUCAAAACCUAUAGAUCAAUUCUUAAAAGUGGCCAUGAAUAAGAUAUUCUUGAGAACAUGGAUUUGGGAGGAUAGAUUUGGAUUCGGGUUAUAUGGAUUGUGAAGGAUUAAGGUAAACAUUAUUGAACAACUAGUUUUGAUUCAAUAUAGCUAUGUUUUUGAAAUGGUAUAUCAAAUUCCCUAAAUCAUUAAGGUUUUUUAAAUCCACUACUAGAUGGAAAUCUAGCAAAUCCAUGAAUUAGAAAAUAAUAAAAAAUUCUUGUUUUCAUGAGUUAUAACACCCACUUUUAUACUAAUUUGAAAUCCAAACCACUCAUUUCAAAUUCAAGUUCCCCAAUGUAACCUAAAUAAAAGGCCUACACUAAGUUCAAUAUACCUUUGUUUGACAAGUCAACACUAACACCCAACGUUUGUACCUAAGUGGCUAAGUCUGAGCAAAAUAGGUG